ACACAGACACACAUGCAGCAUGUUGUUUGUGACACUGUGCUGGACCUGGCUCUGUGUGGCCCCACAUGUCUCACAUGGACAGCAGCUGAUCCAGGACCACAAUCCCACAAUGACAGGAGACACAGUCUCUCCUCCCGGCCCCCUCGAUUCACCGUGCUACGUGGACGACGUAUUUGCAGCGUUGCGUGAAGCCGCGGGGAACGACGGUGAACUCUUGCACAACAGUCUCACUCUGUUUGGGAUCUGCACACCAUCUGACAACUCAUUAGAGUCAGUCUUGCAGGAGCUUGCCAAGGCUGCGAGCAGAAACCAGAGGAUUGGAUUAGAGGUUUUGCAUCCAACUGGAGUUCUUGUAGGGGAAGAUGACAGAGGGACACUCAUGUUGACAUUUGACCUCCCACAGUCUCCUUUGCUCAGGCUGAGCCCUGUACUGCUGUUGACAUUUGAAAGUCUGCUCAAAGCAGAAGACCUGGACGCCACUUUCACUAGUCAGUCUCUGCAGCCUAACACACAGUCUGUGUGCAUUUCAGGAGAGACACAGCACAUCCUGCUGUCAGGAAAAGCAUCAGAGGGCAACGACAGUCACAGAUGGACCAUUUCUGUUGAGACAAAAUCCCCUCAUAAGCAGAACUUAAAAGACGUCCUUAUUGGUGAAAAAUCAGGAAGUAACACCAACAUAACUCCACUUCUGCUCUUGGCUGUGAGAAACGAUGCAAGACAUGUUUCCGCUUCCUCCUCUGCAUCCUCGCAGACCUUCACUUUCCUCUGUGAACUGAAGCGGUUCCUGGUGGACGUCCUGCCUCAGGACAAACCUGUGUCCCCUCAGCUCAUGCUGGGCUCUUUACAGUCCUUGCCUCCUCUGUCACUGGGCUUAUCCUCCAGUGAGACACUGUUGGCUGAACUGAUCAACUCCUCAUCCCCCACCAUCUUCUCCUUCAGGAAAUUGGGCUCCACGCCUCAUCUGCCUCAUGGACAGUUGGCCCUGUCUCCUGCUCUAUUGGAGGAGAUCGGGCAGAGGUUGGAUCAGAGUGGGUUGCAGGUUAUGGAGUUAAUAAGAGAAGAGGAGGUGGGUCCCAGGGCCACAGCAAGGCUGGGGAGACUCAAGGAACUCGGUGCAUUAGAGAAGAAGGAACCUACGGCAGGAGAGAGCCAGUACCGCGCCUUCCUUCUGCUGAAAGCCCUGCGGACAGUGGCACAGGCAUAUGAGCUGCGAGUGGGUCAGCGCACCACCAGAGCAGACUCCAAUAACCCAGUGAGGGCCAACGUCUGUGGGCUGAGGAGCCUCACUGUCUCCCUUGAAAGGUUUGUUCUUGGUCCAAACACAGCUGUCAUUAACAACUGCCGCGGCUCUUGUGCGUUCCCCAUGGUCAACACCAUCAACCACGCCGUCCUGCUCAACUCCCACAUCGAGAACGUGAACGCAGAUGAGCGUGCGCCGUGCUGUGUGCCUGUGGCCUAUGAAGCCCUUGAGGUGGUGGAUUUGAAUGAACAUGGUACUUAUCUCUCCAUUAAACCGAGUGUGAUCGCGAAAGAGUGUGGAUGCCGCUAAAGCUUUACCCGGUGGAACAGGUGUCAAGUCAUUAUUCAAAUGUUGUUAAUGCACGUACACAUGCUUAUUUUAUCUCUCACACUUUUGACCCACUUGGAGUCGUACAUGCACGCAGCUAAUGUUAGUAGAUAGUUGAUAUUGUAAUAUAAGUAUGUGUAUCACUGUCUUCCAUCGUUUGUAUAAUAAAGAGUCGACGUUUAAUCAGGGUAAAAU